AUGUCUUCACGAGUUAUCGUCAAGAACUUGCCGCCAAAGGCAACGGAAACAUCGAUCCGCGAGCAUUUUUCGAAAAAAGGAUUGAUCACAGAUGUGAAAUUGCUGAGAAAGAAAGACGGAUCCUCGCGGCGGUUUGCCUUUGUCGGUUACAAGAACGAAGACGACGCAUUGUCGGCCGUGCAGUACUUUAACGAAUCAUUUAUGAACACUUUUCGUCUUAGCGUUGAAUUGGCCAAAACACUUCAUGACUCGACAUUGGUUUCGCAGCACGAGCGCUCAAAGCGAAAGCAUGAUGCUUUGGAAAGAGAAAAAGAGCGUCUGGCGGGUUCCAAACGUAGAGUCAAGAUCGAAGACAAACAGGACGACAAGCUCGAGGAGUUUCUAAACGUUAUGAAACCUCAAAGUGAAGUGGCCAUGUGGCGCAACGACGAGACCCAAAAUGGCCGCGGUGACACGGUUGUGCCGUCUGCCCCAGAAGACGAAGACAUGGAAGACUUUUCCGGGUUCGCUGAUGAAGCCGCAAAGUCGAAGCCAGAGGACGAACCGAUGGUGGGGCUGGCUGCUUUUGAAGUCAAAUCCCAAGCUGUCGAAAGCCCCAAGAGCGAUGCUGAUGAAGAGCCAGAGGUCGAGGACGACGAAAGGAUCGCUCAAGACCCCUCAGUUUCCGAUGCUGAUUGGCUUCGUCAAAGACAAACCCGGAUCAAGGAAUCUGGAGAAAAGCCCGAAGAGCUCCCUCAAGAGCCUGAAAGCGUCCAAGCACCUGAAGAUCCCGAGGCUACGUCUGAGCCAGAAGUCGACAACAUCGAGGCUUUGAUCCUCGAGACCGGUCGCUUGUUUGUACGAAAUCUCUCAUACACAACAACAGAGGAAAGUCUUGGAAAGUUUUUCCAACGCUACAAUGCUAAAGAAGUCCAUGUUCCCGUUGAUGGCCGCACUGACAAGGUCAAAGGGUUUGCAUACAUUUCGUUUGAAGAUCCUCAGGAUGCGUUGCACGCGUACCACCAGCUCGAUGGAUCUAGUUUCGAAGGCCGUUUGAUGCAUAUCAUGGGGGCAAAGCCCAAAAAAGAUAAUAGUCUCGAUGAGUUUGAUCUCAAGCAGCUGCCCCUGAAAAAACAGCAGCAGCUGAAGCGCAAGGCUAACGCAGCCAAGCAACAGUUUAGUUGGAACUCGCUCUAUCUCAACCAGGAUGCAGUUUUGGAAACUGUUGCCAAAAAGCUCGGUGUCACAAAGUCGCAAAUGCUGGACCCUACCUCAAGCAACAUGGCCGUCAAGCAGGCACUUGCAGAGUCGAGUGUUUUGCAAAGCGUUCAAGAAUACUUCCGAUCAAAGGGUGUUGAUCUCGACAAAUUCUCGACAAAAGAAACUAGUGAUAAAGUGAUUCUCGUCAAGAACUUUCCAUUUAAUACAAGCAUCGAAGAGAUCUCAGAUAUGUUUGCCCAGUACGGCGAAGUCGUUCGCACAUUGAUGCCACCCGAUGGUGGUCUUGCAAUUGUGCAGUAUCAAACUGCUUCAGCUGGACGAACAGCUUUCACCAAACUAAGUUUCCGUCGCCUUGGAAACUCGAUCCUUUACUUGCAAAAGGCUCCCAAAGGAGUGCUGGACGAGAAUGUUACCCAGGAAGUCGCUCAAGUUGUCGAAAAACCUACCACCGCGAAGUCGGCUUCAGAUCUGCUCACUGUCGAUAACGACGAGGAUGCAUUACUUGUUCACACCUCCCUGUUCAUCAAAAACCUCAACUUUGCCACGACCUCGGCCGAGCUAUCCCACCUGUUCAAACCUUUGGCAGGCUUUGUCAAAGCGCAGGUUCAAACCAAGCCGGACCCCAAGAAUGCUGGUAAACGGUUGAGCAUGGGCUUUGGUUUCGCUGAAUUUAAAGAUCUCGAGACUGCUACUACCGCCAUGAACGCUCUGCAGGACCAUGUUAUGGACGGCCACAAGCUCCAGAUCAAGCUUUCGCAUCGGGGCACAGACCAGGCCCCCACCAAGGCCAAAGGAACUGCCUCGACCAAGAUCAUUAUUAAAAACAUUCCUUUCGAAACCACCAAGAAAGACGUCAUGGAGCUGUUUGGCACAUUUGGCCAGCUGCGCUCGGUGCGUCUUCCUCGAAAGUUCAACAAGCAGGCUCGUGGUUUCGCGUUUGCAGAAUUUGCCACUGCCAAGGAAGCUGAACACGCCAUGACACAAUUGAAGGGUGCCCAUUUGCUGGGACGUAGACUGGUCAUGGAGUAUGCCCAGGCAGAUGCUGAGGACCCCGAGGAGGAGAUCGCCAGAAUGGAGGCCAAGGUACAGAGCCAGGUAGCCGCAGAGGACUUGGCCAGUAUGAGAGUACGCGGGCAGCAGAAAGGUAUUGACAUGGAUGAAGAUGACCAGUUCUAA